AUAGUUUCAGACAGCUUUUGGAAUUAACUAUUAGAAAUGUUUAAAAAUGUACGCAAUUUGGUAAAUUAGCUUACAUAUGCAGCUUCACCAGGAUGAAAAUUAAAAAUCUGGUAUCUGAUGACUUCAAUUUCAAGAUCACACCUCCCUUUGAAAUGAAUACAUCUGCAAUCAUUCCAGAACAAGAUUACUAUACAUACGAUGGAGAAAUUGUAUCCAAAGGAGAAAUGGAAUUCGUUUCUCUCGAAAAGGCAGUAGAAGCUGGUUUGGUUGUCGCUUUGUGUAUAUCAACAACAACCAGCAACCUCAUCACCAUUUGCGCCAUUUUGAGCGUUCCAAGACAGAAAGUUCUGGACUUUUACCUAUUGUCUCUAUCCAUCACAAACUUGCUGGUUUCUACUCUAGUGAUCCCUUUUUCUAUCGCAGCGAAAUCGAAUGUCUUGGGAUGUUCCAGCUACAUUCUCUGCAGCAUCAGUGGCUACAUGCACAUCAGUUUAUCAGCAGUCUACAUGUAUACAUUCAUGUGGAUAUCAGUGGACCGUUAUCUGGCUGUUAGAAAAUCGCUGCGCUAUGAGACCAUUCAAACGCGAACUCGGUGUAAAUGCUGGAUUCUUUUCACUUGGGUUAUGGCCACUUUUCUUUGUUGUCCACCACUUUUAGGAGAUUCCAAAGGUCAUUUUUAUGAUGAGAGUUUCAUGUGUCUAUUGGAUGUUAACAGCAUGCUGCCAUAUAGUAUUACUUUGGCAUGUUUGGUUCUGAUGCCAAGUGUAUUGACUCUGUGUUACACGUAUUGUUAUAUUUUUAUCGAUCCUUCUGCUGAAAGAAAAGACGAUCCAGAUGGCUCCAAUCAUGACCAUAUAGCGACUUUUAUAGUAACAAUUGCGUUUGUAUUAUUAUGGGCGCCAUGGGGAAUACUGAGAGUUGUGGAGCACAUCUGUGGGAAAAUUUUAGCUGGAUCAACGACAAGAUUCUGGCUACUAUUCAUAGGGCAGCUGAAUACAUCUUGGACUCCACUGACUCUUUUAAGUUCUUGUGGAAGAUGUCAAUUAGGGCUAAGAAUGAUGUUCAAACUUUGUUUCAAAACAGAUAACAGUGUGGCGUUAUAACAAUUGUUUAAAAAUGAAAAAAAGU